AUGAACUACUGGCUUUCACUUUCUUGCAACCUUCAUGAGUUACAAGAACCAGUGUUUGAUUACUUGUCUGCCCUUGCAAUUAAUGGGAAGAAAACCGCAAGUGUAAACUACAAAGCUAGUGGUUGGGUUGCACACCAAGUGUCUGAUAUAUGGGCAAAAACAUCACCUGAUAGCGGGCAAGCAGUCUGGGCCUUGUGGCCGAUGGGUGGGGCUUGGCUUUCGACCCACUUAUGGGAACAUUAUACCUAUACAAUGGAUAAGAACUUUCUAGAAAACAAGGCAUACCCAUUACUAGAAGGUGUAGCUUCAUUUUUGUUGGAUUGGUGGAUAGAAGGAAAAGAUGGGUACUUAGAAACUAAUCCUUCAACUUCCCCUGAACAUACAUUUACAGCAUCAGAUGGUAAGACUGCAAGUGUGAGCUAUUCGUCAACCAUGGAUGUGGCUAUAACUAAAGAAGUCUUUUCCAUAAUUGUUUCUGCUGCUGAAGCAUUGGGAAGAACUGGAGAUAAUCUUGUCAGAAAUGUUUUAAAGGCUCAGGCAAAACUACCACCUUAUAGAAUCGCUAAGGAUGGCUCUCUAAUGGAAUGGGCUCAAGAUUUCGAGGACCCUGAUCCACAUCAUAGACAUGUAUCACACUUGUUUGGUAUAUUUCCGGGGCAUUCGAUAACUCCAGAGGAAAAUCCUGAUAUUUGCAAAGCUGCAAAUUACAGUCUUUAUAAACGAGGAGAAGAGGGUCCUGGGUGGUCUACGGUGUGGAAAGCUGCACUGUGGGCACAUCUGCGUAGCAGUGAGCAUGCUUACCGGAUGGUCAAGCAUUUGUUUGACUUGGUGGAUCCUGACCGUGAGGGCAGCUACGAAGGAGGGCUUUAUAGUAAUUUGUUCGGGGCACACCCACCUUUUCAAAUUGAUGCAAAUUUCGGAUUUUCUGCUGCUAUAGCAGAAAUGCUUGUUCAGAGCACUGUAAAAGAUCUUUACUUGUUGCCCACACUUCCAAGAGACAAAUGGACUAAUGGUUGUGUCAAAGGAUUGCGGGCUCGGGGCGGCGUGACAGUUAAUAUAUGCUGGACUGAUGGAGAUCUGCAUGAAGUUGGUCUUUGGUCAAAUGGGUCUAAUUCUGUGAAGAGACUAAAUUAUAGAGGUACUACAGUCAUGGCAAACAUCUUACCUGGUACAGUAUACACAUUUGAUAGGAAAUUGAGAUGUGUGAACGCACAAUCUCUCCUAUAA